AUGACGAUGACAGCGAGGCAAGGGUCGCGACUGCUCGUGGAGGGGCUGUGGUGUUCGGCGACUGGUUUGGCGACAAAAAAUCAGGGGGAAAGCCUUUCAACCAAAGCAUUGCCGAAGAAGAAGUUCUUUCCAAUUAUUAGUGCUGAAAAUGCAAAAGCUGCUAAUGCAUUGGCUGGAGAUGCGCUGCUUUGUAAGGCUGGAUCACUGGAUCACAAGAAGGCGAAAGGAAAAAUAUUGGUUUGCCUUCGAGGGGAUAAUGCAAGAGUCGAUAAGGGUCAGCAAGCUGCUUUGUCUGGUGCUGCGGGGAUGGUUCUUGCUAAUGAUAAGCUUUCUGGGAGUGAAAUAAUUGCUGAUUCUCAUGUCCUUCCAGCUUCACAGAUCAAUUUCUCUGAUGGUGUUGCCGUUUUUUCUUAUGUCAAUAGCACCAGGUCUCCAUGGGCAUACAUUACGCAUCCAACAACUCUGUUGGGGAUGACGCCAGCUCCAUUCAUGGCAUCUUUCUUAUCGAGGAGACCAAAUACAGUUGUCCCAGAGAUCCUAAAGCCUGAUAUAACUGGUCCGGGAGUGAGUGUCAUAGCUGCCUACACUGGAGCACAAGGACCAACAAACCAAGAUUUUGAUCCACGUCGAGUUCUCUUUAAUUCAGUAUCAGGCACUUCAAUGUCAUGCCCUCGUAUUUCUGGCAUUGUUGGCCUUCUAAAGGCCAUCUACCCUACUUGGAGCCCUGCAGCAAUUAGAUCAGCAAUCAUGACCACUGCAAUAACACGAGACAACGUUAAGGAACCACUGAUCACUGCAUCCUCCAUGAGGGCAACACCAUUCAGCUAUGGAGCAGGCCAUGUACAUCCAAACCGCGCAGUGAAUCCCGGCUUGGUUUAUGAUUUAACGGCCAAGGAUUACCUGAGAUUUCUGUGCACCCUUGGUUACAAUCAAACUCAAAUUGCACUCUUCUGGGGCAAUCCCUAUAGAUGUUCCAAGCUCAUUAGCCUUAUCAAUUUCAACUACCCUUCAAUCACAGUGCCUAAGCUCACUGGCUCCAUCACCAUGACUCGGACUGUUAAGAACGUCGGUUCGCCAGGAACUUACGCGGUGCGUGUCAGAAACCAGGCCGGUAUAUCAGUUUCUGUCAAGCCAGAGAGCCUCAAGUUUGGAAAAUUUGGAGAAGAGAAGCAGGUCAAACUUACUCUGAAGGCUGAGAAGGUUGAGAAAGGUAGAGACUAUGUAUUUGGAGAAUUGACAUGGUCAGAUGGUAAGCACUUUGUGAGGAGUCCUAUUGUUGUCAAAGCAGUCUAAAGACUGGAAUUUUACUCCACCUAUUGAAUCAAAAACACUGAUUUCUACAUGAUUUAUUAGAAUAGACUUCUCUUUGUUAUGUUUUGUCACUUUU